AUGGGAGACCUCAACGCUCAAGUCGGUGCAGACAAUUACGGUAUGGAACGAUUUAUGGGAAAAAAUGGCUUGGGGUCACGUUAUGAAAAUGGUGACUUGCUUGUCGACUUUUGUAACGCAAAUCGUCUUGUAAUUGGUGGGACUGUAUUUAAACAUAAGACGUGCAACAAAGUCACAUGGGUGCACCCAGAUGGUCAUACCGAAAAUCAAAUGGAUCACAUCAUGAUUCAGCAGCGAUGGAGGAAGUCUAUGUGUGAUGUCCGAAAUAUAAGAAAUGCCGAUGUGGGAAGCGACCACCAUUUGGUUGUCAUGAGUCUCAAAUUAAAAACCGCGGCUGUAUUAAGACAAUCGCAGAAUGCAGCAAGAAAUCCAAAAUUCAAUACGAAUGCUUUAAGUGAUCCCGACAUAAGUCGUAGCUAUACCCUUAACUGCAGAGCUUCGUCAUUAAAUGUGAGUGUUGACUCAGAUGUUGACGAAAUGUGGGGUGAAAUUAAAAGUGUUUUUAUGGAGGCUGGAUCCGAGACUGUUCCUAGGCGUGCGAGAGUUAGUGACUCUUGGAUAUACCAAGACACCUGGGAAAAAAUCGAGCUUCGUAAAUUGUUGAAGCUGCAAAUAAAUGCCGAGACAGAUGUUCAACGAAAAGCUGAAUUGCGAAAUGAAUAUCGGAUUGCACACAAGAUGGUCUAUCGUUGUGUGAGACGUGACAGGAGGGUGAGGAAAGAUGGACUCGCUGAUAAUGCUAAAAAGGCUGCGAGAAGAGGAGAUAUCCGAGAAUUGUACCAAAUAGCCAAAGAAGUUGUCAGGAAAAAAAGCAACAACAAUCAUCCUGUAAUAGAUAUGGAUGGGACACUAUUGGGUGCUGAAGUGCCACAACUUAAUAUUGACAUAGAACCCCCUUUAGUAGCGGAAAUUGAAACAGCGAUUAAUCUCCUCAAAAACAACAAAGCAGCCGGGCUUGACGGAGUACCAGCGGAAUUCCUGAAAGCUGAUCCCGCUACAGCAGCUAAUAUCUUGCAUCAGCUUAUACAAUCUUUUUGGGAAAACGAAACCUAUCCCAGGGAAUGGAAGGAUGGAGUGAUUGUUAAGGUGCCAAAAAAGGUGAUCUCAAGAACUGCAACAAUUGGCGUUGUAUUACCGUUUUGUCCGGUUUCCCGACAACUUUAA